UUAAACUGCGUUGACUGUCCAUAACCCACUUUCAAGUUUAAACAAUAAAACACAAUUUUUCCUUCUUUCCUAUUAUGACCUCACUUCUCUCUCUUUCUCUCUCUCAUCGCCGGCGUAACUAAACUUCCCAUCUCCGGUCAACUUUGUAAGAUCAAAACUCUGUCCCCGGUGUCGUUUCGCUUGUUAUCCUGCGAAAAUUCUCUGUAAAAAGCUCUUUUUUUCUUUUUUUUGACCAAUUUGUAAAUUUUGAGAACCCUAAUUUCUUGUUCAAUUUGUACAUUAGAAACCCUAAUUUAAUGGGUGAGCUUUUUUGGGGGUUUUUUUGGUAGAGAAAAGAUGCAAUUUUUAUAUCAAGUUAAUAGAAAAUUAGGGUUUCAAGCUCCAAUCUUGAUUUUCAUUUUUAAGAUUUAGCUGGUUUUAUUCUUGUUUCUUGCUCUUGGGUUCUUGGUUGUAUUAUUAUUAUUAUUGUUGUUGUUGUUGUAAUAUUUUAGGUGAUAUUAUUUAUAAAUGAAGAGGCUCAAAUCAAGUGAUGAUCUUGAAUCUUAUAAUAACGAGAAAAGCUCGAAUAAAGAUUCGAAUCCGAAUAGAUCAUCUCGGAGCUUCUAUUAUAAAUCUGAUAAUGUCAGGAAAGGAUUGAUGUCUACAUCAUCUUCUUCUGGUAGGUAUGAUCGAGACCGAUCUGUAGAUGAUGAUAGUAGGGAGAGUUCAAGGAUGGUUAGGAAGCGGUCUGAUCAUGAUUUUGAUGGAUUUGAUCGGAGAAAAGGCGCAGGGUUAGGGUUUGAUAGGUAUGGAAGUAGAGAAGGGCAUAGCAGCGGUGGAAGUAGAGAAGGGCAUAGUGGUGGUGGAAGUGAUAGAGUUGUUCAUCGAUCGGAGAGUUUUUGUGGCUCGAGGAGGGAUUUUCCGAAAGGAUUUAGGUCGGAAAGGGAUAGGUCGAGAAGAGAAGGGAGUGUUUCGUCAUGGAGGAGAUUUGGGGGGGUUAUUGGUAAGGAAUUUGACGAGAGUAGUAGAGGCGUUAGAAGUGGAAAUGAAGAAAGACUGAAUGUGAAUGCUGCUACUCGGUCUUCACCGAAUGGUAGAGGUGGAAAUGAAGAGAGACUGAAUGUGAAUGCUGCUGCUAGGUCUUCACCGAAUGGUAGAGGUGGAAUUGAAGAGAGACUGAAUGUGAAUGCUGCUGCUAGGUCUUCACCGAAUGGUAGAGGUGGAAUUGAAGAGAGACUGAAUGCGAAUGCUGCUGCUAGGUCUUCACCGAAUGGUAGAGGUGGAAAUGAAGAGAGACUGAAUGUGAAUGCUGCUGCUAGGUCUUCCCCGAAAGGAUUGAGAGAUGUAAAGUCACCGAGUUGGUCGAGGGAUUCAGGAAGUGAGCAAACUAGGGUGGUGAGAGGUAGUGUGAGGGAUGAGGGGAAGGGGAAGUCUUCGAAUUCGAAAUCGAGAUCAUCACCCACAUGGUCUAAGGAUUCAGGAAGUGAGCAGUCAAAGAGUGUGGAGGUGGCAAAGAAGAGUGAGGUGGAGGCCAAGAGUGCUGCUAGUGAAAUAGAAGUGAAGAGUGUUGUUGCUAGUGGAAGUAGCAGUGAAAUGGAAGAAGGGGAGCUUGAACCAGAGCCCGAAUCAGUUCCUCAAGCUGUUGAGGAGGUUAAGGAAGAUGCAACUGAUACUGAGAAAGGACGACAAGAGAAUUUCAUGUCCAAUGCUGAUAACAGGGAGGUUGAGAAUGACACUGAGGUGAAGGAUCAAGUUAAUAAAGUAGAAAAAGAAUCCGACAAAGCAAGUUCUCACAAGGUGAAUUUUUUUGUUAAAGAAGUUAAUAAGAUGUCGAGUUCCGAGGAGAGUUUGAAUGAUGGUAAUAGUACUAAUGAGGAUGAAAUUGGGAAUAUGAAAAGUGAUGAAAGGGGUGAGAAGAGUCAAAGUUUGAAUGAAAAGAGUGUGUGCAAGGAGGAACAUCAGGACAUGGUGGUUGAUAAGCCAGUAUAUGUGCAGGUAGAGACUAGGACAGAGAAAGUUAUUGAUCUUGUGGAUAAGGUGGAUGAUGUUGAAGCAUCAAGGUUGAAUAAGGUAAUUAAAGAGGAGAAUGGAGUACUUGAAAUGAACAUCGGUCCAGUUACAGAAGCUUUAGGCCAAAAUUUGAAGGACAAAGGCAAAAGUGUGGCUGUUUCACAAACCCAUGCUGCUGAUGCCUCAGAAAAUGGUGCGUGGAUUGAGAGAGAAUCCAGAAAUAUUGCGGCUUGUCGGGAUGAGGAAGAUGAUAUGGAAGGGCCAAGUACUAGGGCAUUUGAGUUGUUCACUAGCUCUCCUGUCAGAAGAUUUGAAAAAACAGACCAUGGUCUAAGUAAGCCUAAAGAUGAAAAACUGAUGCUGGAGCCUCUCGAUCUUUCUCUUAGCUUACCAAAUGUUCUGCUGCCAAUAGGUGCUUCCAAAGAUGCUGCUCAGGCUCCUGGCUCUCCUAGUCAUGGGAGAAGUGUUCAAUCUUUUAGCUCAUUUCGGACGAAUUCAGAUGGAUUUACUGCAUCAAUGUCUUUUUCUGGUUCGCAGUCAUUUUUCCACAAUCCAAGCUGUUCUCUAACACAGAAUUCAAUCGACAUGGACAACUAUGAGCAGUCUGUUCACAGUCGUCCCCUUUUCCAGGGAAUUGAUCAAGGAAUUUGGCCAGGGCUAGCACAAAAUGAUUCUAAACAUAAAGAUGUUCCCUUGUAUCAGAAGGUUCUGUUGAAUGGAAAUGGUUCUGUACAUCAGUCACAAUCAUUGCAGGGUUUGUCAAAUGGUCAAGCACUGCAAGGGAGCUCUAAGAUUCCCAAUGGACUAGAAAGGCAGCUAAGUUUUCAUAAACAAUUGUCAGGACAGGGGAGAAAUCCGGACGAAACCAGAUCUCCUUCACAAAGUAUAGGAUCUCAUGACAUUGGUUCAACUUAUAGCCUUGAGAAAAAGCGGCCCAUGAGAGAAAACCAUGAAGGUAGACUAUACAGGAGUAAUAGCCAAAAAGAGCAAGAACAGUUUCUAAUUGGUGGGGCUGAUUUCGUUGAGACUAUUGUUAGCAGAAUAGUUUCUGACCCUAUUCAUGUUAUGGCUAGGAAAUUCCAUGAAAUGACCGGGCAAUCCACAUCAUUAGUGAAGGAAAGUAUUCGUGAGAUGAUGUUGAAUGCUGAUAAGCAAGGGCAGCUAUAUGCAUUUCAAAGUGCCUUGCAGAACAGGUCUGACUUGUCAUUGGAUAUACUACUAAAAUCCCAUCGGUGUCAACUGCAAAUCUUGGUAGCUUUGAAAACUGGCCUAAGGGAAUAUCUUCAAGUAGACAAUAACAUCUCAUCACCUGAUUUGGCGGAGGUCUUCCUGAACCUGAGAUGUAGAAAUCUUACCUGUCGAAGUCCCGUGCCUGUGGAUGAAUGUGAUUGCAAGGUUUGUUCUAAAAAGAGUGGUUUUUGUAGUUCAUGUAUGUGUCUUGUGUGUUCAAAGUUCGAUAUGGCGUAUCAAACUUGUAGCUGGGUCGGAUGUGACGUUUGUCUCCAUUGGUGCCAUACGGAUUGUGCAUUGAGGGAGUCUUACAUUAGAAAUGGGAAAAGUGCAAAUGGAGCACAAGGGAGCGCUGAGAUGCAAUUUCAUUGCGUUGCAUGUGAUCAUCCCUCUGAGAUGUUUGGGUUUGUCAAGGAGGUUUACAUAAACUUUGCAAAGACAUGGGGGGCAGAAACAUUUUGCAAGGAACUUCAAUAUGUCAAGAGAAUUUUUAGCGGCAGCAAAGGUGUGAGAGGCCGGCGGCUCUAUGAAAUUUCUGCUCGGAUGCUGGAAAAAUUAACAAAUAAGUCUAAACUUCCAGAGGUUUACAGUUGUAUCAUGGGCUUUUUGAAUGAAAGUGAUUCUUCAAAGUUCAGCAAUACAUCUUCCUUCUUGGGGAAGGAACAGGGAAAUGGAAGCAAUGUGGGUACGGCAGGUCCUAGCCAGGAUGCGUCCUGGCUCAAAUCUGUUUAUAAAGAAAAAGCUCCGCAAUUGGAAAGAUCAAAUAGCCUCCUUCCCACCUUUCAUACAGACUUGCAUGAUAAACGUCGAGUAGAUCCUGAGCUGGAGAGAAGUGCCCAGAAAGAACCAGUUUUUGACGAACUGGAGAGCAUCGUGAGAAUUAAACAUGCAGAGGCUAAAAUGUUUCAGUCACGUGCUGAUGAUGCAAGGAGGGAAUCUGAGGGUCUGAAGCGGAUUGCACUUGCGAAGAAUGAGAAAAUCGAAGAAGAAUACACAAGCAGAAUCACAAAACUGCGGUUACUCGAGUCUGAGGAAAUGCGUAAACAAAAAUUCGAAGAAUUCCAAUCUCUUGAAAGAGCCCAUCAGGAGUACUUCAGCUUGAAAAUGAGAAUGGAAUCAGAUAUCAAAGACCUGCUGUUGAAAAUGGAAGCUACAAAACGAAACCUCGCAAGGUGAUUCCCUAACAAAUAUGAUUGUAGCAUUAGAAAUGUUGUAAAUUUACUCGAAUUGCAACGUCCGAAUGCGAUGUAGCAUUACGGCAGGCAUUCGGUUUGGCAUUCAGAAGUUAGGUAGAUGUUCCGAUUAGAUUAAGUUUUGGUUAUCGUUUUGCUGCUAACUUGAUAUGUACAGAGACUGCAGAAUCUUUGUAAUCUUUGUAUUGUAGUAGCAGAAGCAAAUUUGAAAGAAA